GACGUUCCCAGUUUAAAAAUAACAUUUUAUCAUAGUAAAAUCUACAUAUCGUUCCCAGCUAAAGUAUCGUUAGGUGUAAAACAUGCUGAACAUUAAUGGACAGACAGUCGAUGCCUUGAAUGAAUUACUAUUACCUCACAAAAGCUGUUUAUUCAGUGUAGCGAAGCUUCUCUUCCAUUGAAAUCCAUUAAAACAGCCCCUGGUCUCCGGCGUUAGCAUUAGCAUUAGCCGUUGCAGGUCCUCCAUCUAGUGGCUUUGGCUUGACAGUGUAUUUUCAACCCGCGGCUGGGUUGGCCGCAGUGGGAGUGGAGCUGACACGGAACGAAAAAAAUGCUGCAUUUUACCACUUACAUUUUUUUUUUGUAAAUCAAAUUCGUACUUUUUUGUUGCAAUACUAACCCGGGGACAUAUUCCCUAGUGUGAUCCAUAUAGUCUCUGCCUCGGUUUGGCGAACGAUCGCGAGGAGCCCCAUGUCGCCACAUAUAAUGGGAUUUCUGUGGUAGGAUGAGAACUCCGGUGUCACGCUUCAGGGACGUCGAGAGGCAGGCCAACAGCCUGCAGCCCGCUCAGUGUCUUCCACCCUGUCAUGAGCGGCCGAACAAAAUGUGGUUCAUCAAGGAUGCCUGCGGCAUCGUGUGCGCGAUCAUCACCUGGUUUCUCGUCUUCUUCGCCGAAUUCGUCGUCUUGUUCGUCAUGCUCAUUCCAUCGAAGAACCUGACCUACAGCCUUGUGAAUGGCACCCUGUUCAACAGCGUGGCCUUCCUCGCCCUGGCGUCUCAUUUCAGGGCCAUGUGCACAGACCCGGGAGCCGUGCCAAAGGGAAACGCCACUAAGGAGUACAUCGAGAGCUUACAGCUGAAGCCAGGCCAGGUGGUUUACAAAUGUCCCAAAUGCUGCAGUAUUAAACCAGACAGAGCUCACCACUGCAGUGUCUGCAAGCGCUGUAUACGGAAGAUGGACCAUCACUGUCCUUGGGUAAACAAUUGUGUCGGGGAAAAUAACCAGAAGUACUUUGUGCUUUUCACAAUGUACAUUUCUCUCACCUCUCUGCACGCCCUAGUCAUGGUGGUUCUUCAUUUCCUCUACUGUUUUGAAGAUGACUGGACAAAGUGCAGUACCUUCUCCCCCCCGGCCACUGUCAUACUCCUCAUCCUCCUGUGCUUUGAGGGCCUCCUCUUCCUCAUCUUCACCUCUGUGAUGUUUGGCACCCAAAUCCAUUCCAUCUGCACAGAUGAGACGGGCAUAGAGCAGUUGAAAAAGGAAGAGAGAAGAUGGUCUAAAAAAACAAAAUGGAUGAACAUGAAGGCGGUAUUCGGACACCCCUUCUCAAUAGCAUGGGUUAGCCCGUUUUCAACGCCCGAACACGGGAAAGCCGAUCCGUACCAGUAUGUGGUCUGAGUUCAGGAAGCUUUAAGCUAGAGACUGGAGUGCACUUGGAUCCCUCACAUAAACUAAUGCCUCAGCGUCUUUUUAUUUGUUUGUAUUCGGGACCUGAGCGAACCAUUUACCUAAAUCACCUCAUUUUUCUUUUCUUUUUUUAGGAAACAAAUGGUUGUGCAUCCAAUGAUUCUUUCCUAUUAAAAAGUUGAAGCUUUACAUUAAUCAUGUGGUAAUCUCUCUAGCAUUUCUGCCUGGCUAUGCUGAAAAGAAGAUGAGUGAUGGUGGAAAUAAUAGAAGCCAGUUUAUGCUAAUACAUUCACUGUUGUUAUCUCUUUAGAACUUUUCAAAAUGAUGACCUUACUUUUGAAGUACUUGGAAACUUCAGUUUUUGUCCCUUCCUAUAACUUGCCUUGGUAACUAAUGUAAUAGCAUUGAUAACCAUUCACAAAAUGAUAUAUUACGCUUACAGUAUAUUACAAAUAAAAGCGGGCUUUUACAUUAUUUUGGCCACUUUUGAAACUAUAGAUAACAUUUAUAAUAAUCUUAUCACUUAAAAAUGUCAAUUUCUCCCCUAAAUGUAUGCUCUUUAUGAUAGAGUAUAUUCAGUCUUUUAUAUGUUUGGGGUUGGUUUGCUUUAUUUACUUGGUUGGAAAUGAUGACAAAGGGUGAGGAAAUUGUGUGAAGCACAUCUAUAUACCGUAUACAGGCAUAUUGUGGAUAUAUUCUCUGGUUUACUCAAUGUUACGCCAUUGUUUUAGUUAUUUCAUAUAUUUUACAUUUUAUUACUGUACAUUUUUGUUAUGAAUGAAAGACAUGAUUUUCAAGUGUAUAUAAAAGACAACCGUUCUUUUGACGAAGGGUGAAUUAAAAACAUGAAAAGCCUUGGAUUUUGAAACAGUUAUUUGUCUUAACACCAUAUUGUUGCUAUGGUCUUGAAUAUUGCAUUCUUAAAUGCGAAACCACAUACGGAACUGUCUUUGCCUUCGGACAAACAGCCUAAAAUAGCACUAGAGGAAAAGUCAGCAGAUGAAAUUCCAUUGGCAUUGCACAAUCACCGGCUGUAUUGUUUGUAAUCUCCGUUUAAAGGUUUCUUGGUUUCUAUCUGUCUUGCUUUGUUCACUAACCGACUUUUUCCUCAUUUGUGUAAUCUCUUCCCUUGUGUGCUUGUUGUUAUGAAUAGUUCCUUUCCUCAGAUGCUUUUGGGGAAUUAAAAUGGAUAAAAAAAUCAACAAAUCAUAUUUAGUGUUGAAUUAUGCCUGGUGUCACUGUUUGAUUGGUAUGAGAUGGAGGUAAGCUGGUAUAUGCAGUUCAAACCAUCAGCUCCAACAUCACACGAUGUGCUUACUGCCUGAAUGCAUGCUGUUGACAAAAAUGUGUUUUAAUUUUAGAGAUCAUUUGGAAUGUGACGGCAUGCUGCAUGCGACGUGCUUUUAAUUUGUGCAACAAAAAAAAGACGUUCAAACCAUUCUUUCCAGUUACGAUAAACGCCAAGAUCACGCUGGUGCAUGUGUAAAUUCAUUUCCCAUUACCCUUUUUACCAUAGUAACCACUUGCUUUCUUUUUCAGUCAAAGGAUUUUAAGUUUGUAAUGUGCUAGUGUGGAUGUGAUUCUCAAUUUAUUUAUGACUGUAUCGUUCAAAAUCUCUUGCAGGAGUCACUGAACGUGUUGUUUUGUUGCAGGGCAUUGAAAGGUUAAAGCGUGAAGACCCUGCGUGGGAGAAGAUCUCGUCCUGGGAGGCUAUGAAGUCAGCGUUUGGGGGUCCUCUAUCUGUGGCCUGGAUGAGCCCUUUCACAGACU